AUGUAUUCCAAGCUCAUAUCAGCUUUGCCCGUGAUCACGGUCAUUGGCUCUACUUUCAUGGCUUGGAAGCUACUCUGCUUGACGCUUAAUUGCUCCAACCCAGCCAUGGUGGUACUUUCAGAGUCCAUGUACCCAGCCUUUAGCCGAGGGGAUGUGAUAUUCCUAUCGAACUGGAAGGAAGAGUUAGAAGUCGGCGAUAUUCCUGUGGUAUGGUUCGAGGGUCACCAGCUACCAAUGGUGCAUCGCGCUAUUGCAGUGCUGUACGAUGACAGUGGUCGACAGUCAAUCCUAACGAAGGGUGACAACAACAGGUUGACAGAUGAGAUGCUAUAUCCUUUUGGCCAAGACUAUGUACUAAGAGAGCAGGUUGUAGGCCUUGUGGUAGGCUACAUGCCUUACGUGGGCUGGAUAACGCUUGCGGCCAGAACGUUCUCAGGAUACAAGCAGUUGUUGGCAUGA